AGCCUUAAUUCAUCCAAUCUGGCAGCUGCUUAUUAUCACGUAUUAAUAAGUAAAUGGUGCAUGGACUGUAUAUAAACCGCCGACCUUGGGGUUAGUGGACGACCUCCUGAGCCCCCGCUGAGUUCAUACGGUUCAGAGAAAGAAAGUGAGACAGGUUCGAUAAGAGAUGGCACACGUAAGGGGGAUGAAGAGGGUGAAGGAUGAUGAAUGCUUGGUACAAGUAUAUUAGGUGGAUGCGUUAACUCCAGGCCGUCACCCUGCUGCUGAAUGAAUCAGACAUAAUUUAGGAAACGUAAAAAUGACAACAACAACACUGUUAUGCUCGCAGCAUGCCAGGUGGCACACAUCCAUUUCACACGUCCAUGACAGACCUCAUCCUGAUCUGCCCAGAAUCCUCCUCCUGGGAUAAACAUAAACAUGCAAAUGUAGGGGAACUGUGCACAGUGUGGAUACAUGGUGCUGUCAAAUGUUUGCAGGUCCCUAUCUGGAACUCCUGCCGACACAGCCAGAUGUCUGGUUCAUUAUGGAUAAAAAAAAGGAGGGAAUAGGAAGAAGCUCAUCACAGAUGUUCCUGAGUCAACCAAAUGCUGAAAGUGAUUUUACAGCCACAAUAUUGUAUAGCUUAUAAGAUACAGAAUAUACCCACUGACAACAAGAGUUGAUGUAAAGGUGCUGGGAGAGGUCUGGAUAAUGUUUCUCUCUCUCUCUCUCUCUCUCUCUCUCUCUGUGUCAGACAUUAUAAAUCUGUUUGUUUGCUUCUGUCAAAGCUUAAAUCCGGCUGCCAGAGAGUCCACCGACCUGAUCCUCGCUCAGGGGUGUGUCAUAGACGAUGCUGCUGCCCCUAUAAACACAAGAACAACAGAGAAGGGUGCGCACAACAAGAAAAAAGGAGAAAAGAGGGCCACUCCGAUUCAGUCAGUAUUAUUUAUUGCUCAUGGAGAGAUUGUCCAACAUCUGCAAACCUGUGGCACAGAAGACUCCUGGAAACCAGAGGGAGGCAAAUGAAAAGAUCCAGGAUGAGAGGCUGAGACCAACGCAGGAAACGACGGAUGAAGCAACAACAGACCAGAAAGUGUCGGCCGGAGAGGCAUUGGACAGGAGGAACAUCUGGGAACCGAGUGUUUACUACGCGCUGGGAAAGGAGUCUUUUCAUUUCGCUGGUCAUGACAUCAGCAUCCGCGAGUCAAUAGAUACUUACGGGGCUCUGAUCUGGCCUGGGGCGGUGGCUUUGUGCCAGUUCUUGGAGAAUAACCAGAGACAAGUGAGCCUGAUGGACAAGGCGGUGCUGGAGAUCGGAGCUGGGACCGGUUUACUCUCCAUAGUGGCAAGUCUGCUCGGGGCUUGGGUGACAGCCACUGACCUCCCAGACAUCUUGUCCAAUCUGACCUUUAACCUCCUGAGAAACACCAAGGGGCGGUCCCGCUACACCCCUCAGGUGGCUGCCCUCAGCUGGGGUCAGGACCUGGAGCGGGAUUUCCCCCAUGCGUCCCACCACUACGACUAUGUGCUCGCAGCCGAUGUGGUCUAUCACCACAGCUGUCUGGAGGAACUGCUGGGCACCAUGCGUCACUUCUGCCGCCCGGGGAGCCGCACGACGCUGCUGUGGGCCAACAAGGUCCGAUUCCAGUCGGACCUGAGGUUCACCGAGAGUUUUGCGAGCAGCUUUAACACGUCGCUGCUCGCCGAGCUGCCGCAGCAGGAGGUGAGGAUAUACAAGGCCACAGCGAAGGAGUGACAGGGUGGAGGAGCCGCAGGAGGGGGAGUUCUCUGAGAAGUUCAUUUAAAAAAUAUCAAUAUAUCAUUCAAGAAAACAAGGACUUCCAUUUCUUCACUCUGAAGAAGAGAAAAAGUCCAGUUUUGAUCUGUUUCCACGACAUUCCUAGAUAGAGCUUUAGAAUUGUCACUUCUAGAAAGCAAAAAUGAAGAUCCUGACUCCAAUUUUAAUUUUUUUAACAAGCUAUUUUA